AUGUCAUCAACGUGCACGACGAUUUCACGUUUCUGUAGAGAGAACACGUUACUUGUUAUGACCAUCGUAUCCGUAGUGUUAGGAGUCUCGUUGGGAUUCGGACUACGACCGUUGAAUUUAUCCGCCGAAACGCUACAACUCAUUAAUUUCCCCGGUGAAAUCUUCAUGCAAGUCCUUAAAAUGAUGAUUUUGCCGCUGAUUUUCUCCUCACUCAUUUCAGCACUUGCUCAAAUGGAUGCAAAGGAAUCGGGACAAAUGGGACUAGCUACCGUGUUAUAUUAUCUGACCACAACUGUUUUAGCGACAUUACUCGGCAUUUUCCUCGUGAUGACCAUUCAUCCUGGUGAUCCAUCGAUCAAAGCUGGAAGUCUCCAUGAUGUGCCGGUGGAUACGGACGUCUCUCCACUUGAUACUUUUCUGGAUUUAGUGAGAAAUAUGUUCCCGGAGAAUAUUAUUCAAGCAACAUUCGAGCGUGUUCAAACCACUUACGUUGCACAACGUCCGCGAAUAACGAAGAAUUCUUCCGAUGACGUCAUCAUUAUGAAGAAAGCGAUCAGCACCACACGCGGCAUGAACAUACUUGGAAUUAUCGUAUUUUGUACGGGUUUCGGCAUAGUGAUUUCACAACUCGGCGAACGUGCACGAAUCGUUGUCGAUUUCUUUGUGAUUUUGGAUGCUGUGAUUAUGCGAUGGGUGGAGACAUUGAUGUGGUUUGCUCCACUUGGUAUAACGUGUUUGGUCUGUGGUAACUUGUUGGAACUUGACGACCUAUCCGAUACGGCAAGUGUUCUCUUACUCUAUGUGUUUACGGUAAUCGCCGGCCUCAUCCUACACACAGUGAUUACGUGUCCGAUUCUGUAUUUCUUGAUCACAAGAAAGAAUCCGAUGUUCAUCGUACGCGGCAUGAUGCAGGCGAUAGUAACCGCCUUUGGAACAGCGUCUGGUGGUGCAGCGUUGCCGAUGUCAAUGCAAUGCAUGGAGGAUAAUUGUCAUGUGGAUCGACGAAUUACACGAUUUGUGCUACCGCUAGGCUCUACAAUUAAUAUGGACGGGAACGCGCUCUAUGAAGCUGUCGCUGUGAUCUUCAUCGCUCAACUGAACAAUGUCGAUUUGUCGUUUGCUGAGGUGGUUACUGUAAGCGUUACCGCUACUAUAGCAUCGAUUGGACUUGGUUCCGUUCCUGCAGGUCUUGUUUCCAUUCUUCUGAUCCUGAACACGGUUGGACUCCCUGUCAAAGAUGUUUCAUUGUUAUUGACAGUUGACUGGCUUCUUGACCGAGUAAGAACUUCGAUCAACGUGUUAGGUGACGGUUUUGCUGCAGGAGUGGUUGCUCACCUCUUGCAGAAACGACUUGUUGUCUCGGAUGCGAGAAAUGAUUUCCGGACAGAAAUUAAGGAAGAAAUUGAAUUGCUUAAAUCAGCAGCAAAUAGUCGACGUCCAUCGUUUGCUUGGUCGGAGCACUCGAAAGAGGUCUAUUUCAAUGCUCUGGCAACGAACGCAGAUUCACGAAUCCAGUCACGAAUACAAUCCAGGAGUGGUUCGAUCGCAAAUUUCAAUCUUCAUUGGCGGAACGCCUUAUUGGAACCGGGUUAUGCCCCUUUAAAUAAAGUUCAGGACGUGUAA